ACACACAAUUUAGGUAUUGUACGCAGCCAAAACAACAUUACACGCCUCACUAUGCCCACCCUGCCACUGAACUGCAAAUUGUGCGUUCUUUGCGAAGAACGCAAGGCACGGCUAAGUGCUGAGAGGAGGUCGAGGCUUCCUGGAGGACCUUCUCAGCUAGACUCGUCCACUUGUACGAGAGCCACAAACCGAACAACACCUGGAAGUUCGAUCAGCGAAAAGUUUACUUAUAACCCGCGACCGCGUGGCCGAUUAAGCCAAGUCUUGCCUAGUUGGCAAUCGAUUCGCCGUACGAGUUUUGUAAGUGAUCUACCGUCACCUGAUCACCGAGGCUGGGCAGCCUGUGCAGCCGUCACCAUCUGCACGAACCGGACCGAAGGUGUCUACCGGUGUUGCGCUACGCGUGCGGUCCGUCAACACACCGCCCCAUUGUGCCCGGUACACCCGGUCGAAGCGAAGCAGGUCCACGAGCGACCCAGGCCAGAUUCCGGACGGGAACUGUGCGCAGACGAGCGAGUUGGAGCAGAGCGGUUGAGAAGACCGCGAGGAGAUUCGGAGAACUAUACUCCGGCGCGAGAAACCACGUGUCCCCGAGGGACACGGACACUGCGCCGGAUCGAGGAAGCAGCGCCGGCGAUCGAGACCGCUGCCAGCAAGCAGGGUGCAGCAGUUCAACCACCGGGCCCGUACACACCACACACACAAGACAGAAAAGCCGCCUCGAGCUCAUCCGGCUCGCCUUCUACCAAAUCUGCGUGGAGUUCACGUACGCCGCCGAAACGGCCCUCGCCUCGCCGAUCAUCCUGAGCAACGGGCUCAGCCACACCUUCAUGACCAUGAUCUGGGCCUUUUCGCCCACGUUGGGGUUCGUGUUUGCGCCGAUGAUCGCGACGCUGAGUGACCAAACCCGCAGCCGGUGGGGCCGGAGGAGACCGGUGCUGUUGGCGCUGGGGACGGCCGUAGUUUGCGGACUGAUGAUCAUGCCGCACGGAAAGACGCUCGGGUUGUGGCUGGGCGAUGAGGACGUGCCGGUGGAGCAGAUGAGCGGCUUCCGGUGGGGCAUUCUGCUGACGACGGUCGGGUUGAUGCUGACCGAUUUUGACAUUGAGACCAGCAGUGGCGUGGCGAGGACGUACUUUAUGGACAUGUGCAUCUUGUCGGAUCAUGCCAAGGUGCUGUCGACGGCGAUGAUCAUUGGCGGGAUUGGUGGAAGUGGGGGAUACCUGCUGGGGGCGAUCGACUGGCAGCAAACGGACUUAGGGUCGUUGAUGGGAAGUAACGAAGCGACGGUAUUUGCCGUGGUGGUGUUGGUCAUGAUCAUUGGAUUGAGCUUAACGCUGACUAGCUUUAGGGAAGUCCCCCUGCCAGUUUUGGAAAAGGACCCCCUUCUACGACCAAUCACCCAGGGCAUGUUCGAAGCGGAAAAGGCUCGUCAGCUGGCGAUCUACAGCGUCUCUCCAAAAGUCCCAGUGGAUGUUGUGAAGAAACCUGACGGAUCAGUUCCAGUUGAAAUGGACGACAACGUUCAAGAGGGGGAGAUGACGUUUGCGAACUUCUUCCGGAAUCUACGCCACAUGCCGCGGUCGUUGAUGAUCUUGUACCUGACGCAGUUCCUGGCCCAGUUUGGUUACCUCAGCUACUGCAUGUACUUUACGGACUUUGUCGGAAGUGCCGUGUUUGGAGGGGAUGUUGCCGCCCCGGUGGGAUCGCCAGAGCUGGCGCUGUACGAGGAAGGGGUCCGCUUCGGUUGCUGGGGGAUGGCCCUGUUCACAAUCUCCGCUGCUCUCUACUCUACCAUUAUAGGAAAGCUAAUUAAAUAUUUCGGUGGCCGAACAAUUUUCAUCGGUGGGCUGCUGGUCAACAGCGUUGGGAUGCUGGCGAUGGCCCUGUUCACCGAGCGCUGGAUGGUGUUUGUGUGCUGUCCGGGGGUUGGCAUCGCGUACGCCACCAUGUACGCCGUGCCAUUUCUGGCCAUUUCGCAGUACCACGCCAAAAACUCGUUCGCCAUGAAGGAUGGCCAGUACGUCGAGUCUAGUCAACGGCGUGGGUUCGGAGCGGAUGUGUCCAUGCUGAGCAGUAUGCUGUUUCUGUCACAGCUCAUCAUCGCCCUCUCCAUCGGCAGCGUCAUCGACGCGUUCGAGUCCACCACGGUAGUAAUAUUCACGGCGAGCUUGUUUUCCUUCCUCGCCGCGAUUUCUGCAAGCCAGGUGCUGUACAUGGAGCUUUAGUGUUUGGUGUACACCCGGCUGAACAUCAAUGGGGCAGAGAGAUUUCAGUUUGAAAUCAAGCUUCAUUUAAAACUGAUGACUCUAUUGUAAGGUUUAACUUAUUCAAAAUAAUGUGAAGUAAUCAUGUAAUUUAACACUAUUGUAAAUACAUUUUUUUUUAUUUAA